AUGUUAAAAACGCUAGGUUUUGUUUCGGGGUUCUUUUUGGGGGGAGGGGGUGGAGGGGAAUCGUUACUGUCCGUCAAACAAGUUACUACAGCGACCUCUCGACCAGCCACCCGCUACCCCUUCGGGCUCGAAGGCAGGUUCGAAGCGAAGGCGGGUUCCGGAGGCCCCCGCACAGACCCUCGGGACUCGUCCUCACCCCCGCCAGGGAGCCGCGAGACCGAGGUGGCGGCGGAGAUCCAGGGCAGGAAAAGGCGGGGGAAAGGGGCGGGGAGCGCUCUCCUCGCUCGGCCCAGGGGGAGGAGUGGAGCACUCGGGCACCUGAGGCUCGACGGCGGGAGGCGGGGAGCUGUGUGCUGUGGCGAGAGGGAAGGGGAGGGCGGCGGCGGCGGCGGCGGCGGCGGCGCGGAGAGGAGGGAGGGAGAGAGGUUACCACGGGGUCUCCCAGCGCCGAGAGGACCCGCCCCCACGUUGCCAGGGUGUCUUCGUGGACUCGGACGAGGACACCUGAGGGACCGCUACGAGCCCGGAGCGGCAGCGCGGGAGCCACCGAGGCUGCUGCGCCCGUCCGGAGGGAGCAGGGUCCCCACCCCCGACUGCUGUCAGCUGCUGCCCGCGCCGCGCGCCGCGAAGACUUGGAGCGACCUCUCCACCGGGAUGCCCCGGCAGCUGCCGCCGCUUGGCGGAGGACGGGAGGGGGAACGUGUCCACGAGGAAUGGGGCCGGUUCCUUGCUUCGCAGCUGCCGCCCCGCCAGACCUCCCCCACGUUCUGAGGUUCUGAGGGAGGGAGGAUUCCUGAGGCAGCUGCUCCGAGCCGCGUGGAGGCGGGGCUCAUCUUGCCUGUAGCUCUCAGGGGUUUUUUUCCUCUCGUAAUUUUCCAAUGUGAAAGUUAGGUUCGCCUCAUUCUCAGAUUAGUUUAAGAGAUAAGUUACAUUAGGAGUGAAACCAGCGCAGGCCAUCGUGGUGCGGCCUCCCCUCCACCGCCACUAUCAACGGUAGUGUCUCCCUGAUGCCUUAGUGAAAAACAAAUACCGUUAAGGAACGUGGUUUUUCACCCUUAGGUACUCUUUGAAGUCGUAAGGCCUUAAAAAAUAAUAAUGUCUAAUAUACUUGCCGUUGCCUAAAAUGAAAGUGAGGCAAAAAACUGAGGUCAAAUUAAGUUAGGACGUACCAUGGAGGAGCCAGAAAAAUAUAUAUAUAUAUAUGUUGGUUUGAGUGGCGAAAUAAUUGCCUAGAGAAAGGGUUGUUUGAGAUGGGCUUGAAAAGGAAACUGAAUUUCAGCUGAGAUCUCAUGGGAAUUUGGAGGGGGGGAGGUAAACGAGAAAAGACACGGAGCAUUGGGGUAUCUUCUUCAGAAAAGCGCUUCACCUAUUAGAAACACUAAGAUGAAUUCACCUGCACCAAAUCGCAUAUCAUUGCAAAUGUUUGUUAAAUACCUGUUUUGCGCAAGUAGAUUUAAAUACUCCAAAGAUGAAGCAGACAUUUUUCUCAUCCGAAUUGGUGAUUCAUGUAUUACCGGGGUAAGAGGCAAGCCACAUCAAUGGCUUGGCUUUCUUUAAGUCCCUGAAAAACUAAACACCUCAGAUUUAUAUUUCAGAUUCUCUUUUAAGAUUUUAUUUAUUUGACAGAGAGGCACAAGCAGGGGGAGUGGCAGGCAGAGGGGGAGGAAGAAGCAGGCUCCCCACUGUGCAAGGAGUACCAGGCUUGAUCCCAGGACCCCAGGAUCAUGACCUGAGCCCAAGGCAGGUGCUUAACCUACUGAGCCACCCAGGUGCCCCUAUAUUUCAGAUUGUUAAAUGAAUAAGUCUGGAAUAAGAGGGAGUAGGGUGUGCCUGACGUAGAGGGACAACUUUCAAUAGACCUUUAACACAUCUGUAGGGAAGGAGACAGGGAGGCUCUUUUGAGGUAGAGAGGCAUUAAUAAAAGGCUAAUAAUAGCCUUUUUUAAUGCCUCCCCAGAUUUGUGCAGAUAGUCUUACCUUGAGUAUGUUAAUAUAUCUUGUAUAAUUGCUAGUAAAGUAUUUGCUAAAUAAAUGUCUGCCAUUGAGAAGGAGCAGAUGACAAUGAGCAUGUCCUAAACACAGUGUUGUCACAAUUAUUCAAUAUAAAUGAUGGGCUGGGGCAUCUGAGUGGCUCAGUUGGUUAAGCAUCUGCCUUCGACUCAAGUCAUGUUCCCAGGGUCCUGGGAUUGAGCCCCACAUUGGGCUCCCUGCUCAGCAGGGAGUCUGUUUCUCCCUCUCCCAUCCUCCCUGCUUAAUGCUUGCUCACUCUCUGUCAAAUAAAUAAAAGCUUAAAAAAUAAAUUUAGAUAAAUAAGUAAAUGACUAGGGCUAAGUUUUGUAUCUGUCAUGGAUUUGCCAGCUCUCUGUUAACACUACUGGUGAAACAAAAGAGGACAUAAGACAAUUACCCGAAUAUUCCCAAAAAAAAUUGUCAACUACUUUUUACAGUUUUUCAGAUUUAUACAACCUCUUGCUUUACUUUGCCCUGGUUACAGUAAAAUACGUGGCAAAAAUUGGGGAUUCAAAAGAAAGCACAUGGAAGGUAGAAGAGGGAACUUCAUUUCUAGCCACAGAAUACAAUAGCUGUGGAUUAUUGUUUAGGUCUAAAGAAUAGAAUCAGUGCUUCAGGGUGAACUAUCCAUCAGCUAUUAAGCUCCUUCGUGGCACAAUCUUGAACAUUGUAGGUACUCAGUAUAUAUCAUUUGGAUUGAGUUAAAACUCUUAAGAUACUUGCUUUAAUUUUUCUGACUUGGAAGCUCUUGCUUGAAUCUAUACAACUACUACCAGUUAGAGGGGGCAGGAUCUUGGCAUCAAUGGCUAUCUUAAUAUGGAAAGCAGUUUUACCAUUUGUUAAAAUUUGUUUAUAUUUUUGGUACUAUCAUGGAUGUUUUCUAGUCAAAAGCUUUCAUAGAAACUAUCAGCAGGUGAGUUUACAGUAUUGCAUUACUCGUAACCCUAUAUUACAUGCUCAAAUGCUACACAAAAAGGAAGAAAGGGGGGAAACGAUUACCUCCUAUAAAGCCAGGCUCAAGUUUUUUUAAUCACUAUCCUAGUUUGUAUUUCUCAGACAUUACCAUCUUGACAGAAUUAAGGAGUAAAAUUUUUCAUAAUUUUACUUGCCUUCAGCAUAUGUAAAAAUAAAAACCAUAGCAGGGGAAAGAAGAAGGGAGAAAAAAAAACAGUACAUGCAGAGCAGGAAGCCUGUGCAUAACUCAGAGGAACCCAAGCAAAGAGAAUGUAAUUUCAUAGUGAAAUCAAGAAGAUUAUUGAUCUAUAAACCCUUACCUAUAUACAAAGAAAAUUUUCUUUCUACCAGAAAAAAACACCCAACCUACCCAAUUGUAACUUAUUGGCAUUUUGCUUGAGUAUACAUGAGAUAAUUUAGGGGAAAGGUACCACCCACAUGAUUUGCUAUGAGCCUGGAUGUGUAUUUCUGGAUUUGGAGUUUUCUUCAAAUUGUUGCUCCUUAUAGCUUAUGGUAGUAUGGGCUGGAAAUAGAUGGUCCUGGCUUGCAGCACCCUUCUUGUGAGACAAUGAUACAUUCAUUAAAUCUUACUAAUGUUAGGUAAAACUUUUAUGUCAGUAGUCUUUAUUAACAAUAUAUUUACUGGGCAUUGGGCUCUGGGAACAAUUAAAAUUUAAAAGGAAAAUACAUUUUCCUUUAAAAUGUGUCACCCACUCUAAUAGAAACUCAAAAGUUUAAAAGUUUAUAUGUUUAAUAUCUAGAAAUUCAAAAUGACCCACAUCAACUUAUUACAUUUAGAGAAUUUUUAAAUUAUUUUUUCCCUUGUGUAUGUCACACAAGAGGUAGAGGCUUUGUAAAGGGCAACUCUACUUUCAGCAAGUGUGCUAACCAAGAUCUACUUUUAUGUCAUGAGAGUGAGCCAUCUUGGAUAUUCCAGCCAGGUUGAAUCCUCAGAUGACUGCAGCACUGCCAACAGCACAUGGUAUAAAACAGCACAGCUGGAUCCAGUUAACCCACACAGAAAUUAUUAAAAAUAAUAAGUACUUGUCAAUUUAA